GGGGAUAAUAUGGAAGUAUACUCUCCCUGUCCUUGGCACUCAUGUCCUGGAAUACUCGCUUUCAGUCGCUUCCAUCAUCUCUAUAGGCCACCUCUCUACCACUGCCCUUGCCGCUGCCACUUUAGGCUCCAUGACUUCUUCUGUGACGGGGCUUUCCGUCAUUCUAGGGUUCGUGUCUGCCUUAGAUUCUCUCCUGCCUCAAGCAUGGACAUCGAGUAAUCCGCGCCUAGUUGGGCUCUGGUCCCAGAGAAUGAUGCUCCUUCUUGCUGUGAUACUCGUACCUAUUUCCACUAUGUGGCUUAAUGCAGAGAGUAUACUUCUCAUGUUGAACCAAGAGCCGGAGGUUGCCCACCUUGCAGGGAUCUACCUGAAGUGGCUUUGCCUCGGGCUACCUGCCUACGCAUUCAAUUCCGUCACGCGUCGGUAUUUUCAGUCGCAAGGCUUGCUACAUGUCCCGACAAUGAUUGUAACGUGCGUCGUGCCGGUAAACAUCAUUCUGAACUAUGUUCUUGUAUGGGGUCCUCCUGCGAUCCGUCUAGGUUUUAUCGGAGCACCGAUCGCCACGGCAAUUUCCUUCAACUUGAUUAGCGUAGGGACGUGCAUAUAUGCAAUAUGGUGGGCCCCGAGGGAUGCUUGGCACCCUAUUGGUGUUGCUAGUUUCAAGAGCGUUGGCGUGCUGGUGCAUUUGGGUUUGGCAGGAACGGGUCAACUUGCGGCAGAGUGGUGGAGUUGGGAACUUCUUGGUCUUGCUGCGAGCUAUCUGGGCCCAGUGGCACUCGCGUCUCAAUCGGUCCUCCUUGUAUCUUGUUCUUCAUCAUAUCAGGCUCCGUAUGCGCUCAGCGUUGCGGCUUCUGUUAGGAUCGGGAACAUGUUAGGUGCCGGUAAUGCGCUUAGAGCAAAAAUCGGUUCAUCCGUCUCCCUACUCAUGGGGUUUGGAUUUGGACUUUGCUGCAUGGCCAUCUUUAUCUCAUUCCGUAAGAACUGGGCAUACAUCUUCAACUCUGAUCCGGAGGUUGUGUUGCUGGUCGGGAAUAUUCUGCCGUUGGUGGCUGUUUUCCAGGUACGGAAGCCGUAUCACAUAGUAGCCCAAGACGAUUCACGCCGCGUUCAGAUCUUUGAUGCGACUUGUGCCGUCACUGCAGGUAUUCUGCGCUCAAGUGGUAGGCAAAAGCUAGGUGCAUUGCUCAACUUCGUUUCCUACUACGUUCUUGGCAUCCCGUUUGGUUUAUUGUUGACAAUCAAGUUUAACAUCGGACUCUUUGGCCUUUGGAUCGGUCUCGCUAUGGCGCUUGCGUUCAAUGCAUUGAUAUCAACCUGGAUAGUAUUGCGAGCCGAUUGGGUCCAUGAAGUUGAACGAGUACAAGAACGGCUCGCGACUGAUACCGUCAAGGGACACGUCUAAAGUGUUGAUUAAUAUUGGGCUUUUGGCUGUUCCAAUUUCGUUGCUAAUUUGAUUCUUGUUAUGAUUGUUGUGGAUGACCAAUAUGAGAUUUAUGAGCUCCGGUGCUGCCUAUUGAGGUGCGGAACAAUAUACACUGCAGAUGCUGCGCGCCUCCCUGGCACAAGGAGGGCGCGGAAGCAAGCGAUAU